GACCCCCACACCCCACCUGUACCUGCUCCGAGCUGGCAAAGCGGGCCUGGCUGCAUUCUCUGCCAGCCCCAGGGCUAGGGGCUUGUCUGGAGGCAACGGGGGCCCAUUUCAUCAACCUGGCCCCCGCUGGACUUGAUUUGAUCCCUCCUCAGCUCCCAGCUGCAGUUUUGUUCAGAGGCUCCUGCGGUGUCCUCAGACCCUUUUCCCUUUGAUUUUUGGGGUCCAGGCUGUGCUAUCCAGCCCGGUUUCCUGGCCUGAGCUGCCCCUGGCCCCUGACCCCAUGGGGCUGGUGGCUCCAGUCGUCCCCAGGACCAGCCCGGGAUAGAAAUGGCAUUUCCUCUUGGCCAGGCUACAGCUGUUUUUGUUGUCUGUGUUCUCAAGAGCUUCCUCUGGGGAUGGCAGGGAGGGUAACCAGAUUCCCCGGGACCCCCGAUUGCCCUCUCCACCGCUCACCCCUCUUCCCCUGUCUCUUUGAUCCCUUUCCUGCACUGGCCCCGCCUUCCCAUCCCCAGAACAGAAUGACUGAGAACAUGAAGGAGUGUUUGGCGCAGACCAAGGCAGCUGUGGGGGACAUGGUGACUGUGGUGAAGACAGAAGUCUGCUCACCUCUCCGUGACCAGGAGUAUGGCCAGCCCUGUUCUAGGAGACCAGACACCUCGGCCAUGGAAGUGGAGCCCAAGAGAAUGAAGGGGAAGCGUGACCUCAUCGUGCCCAAAAGUUUCCAGCAAGUGGACUUCUGGUUCUGCGAGUCCUGUCAGGAGUACUUUGUGGAUGAAUGCCCGAAGCAUGGCCCCCCGGUGUUUGUGUCCGACACACCGGUGCCUGUGGGCCUCCCAGACCGGGCCGCGCUCACUAUCCCACAGGGCAUGGAGGUGGUCAAGGUCCCCAAUGGGGAGAAUGAUGUGCGGUGCAUAAAUGAGGUUAUCCCCAAAGGCCACAUCUUCGGCCCUUACGAGGGACAGAUCUCCACCCAAGACAAAUCGGCUGGCUUCUUCUCUUGGCUGAUUGUGGACAAGAACAACCGCUACAAGUCCAUAGACGGGUCAGACGAGACGAAAGCCAACUGGAUGAGGUACGUGGUCAUCUCCAGGGAGGAGAGGGAGCAGAACCUCCUGGCAUUUCAGCACAGUGAGCACAUCUACUUCCGGGCAUGCCGGGACAUCCGGCCCGGGGAGUGGCUGCGGGUCUGGUACAGUGAGGACUAUAUGAAGCGCCUGCACAGCAUGUCCCAGGAAACCAUCCAUCGCAAUCUGACCAGAGGAGAGAAGCGGUUGCAGAGGGAGAAGUCUGAGCAGGCUCUGGAUCACCUAGAGGACCUGAGGGGUCCCAUUCACCUCCCUGUGUUGAAACAGGGCAAAAGUUCCUACAAGCGUGGCUUCGACGAGGGGGACGUGCACCCCCAGACCAAGAAGAAGAAGAUUGACCUCAUUUUCAAGGAUGUUUUGGAGGCCUCGUUGGAAUCUGCCAAGGUGGAAGCGCACCAGCUGGCCCUGAGCACCUCGCUGGUCAUCAGGAAAGUCCCCAAAUACCAGGGCGAUGCCUACAGUCGGUGUGCAAUGACCAUGUCGCAUGGCAUGCAGAAUGUCAGCCGGACCCAGGGGGAGGGGGACUGGAAAGCCCCCCACGGGGCUUCUACGGAGCCAGGCCCAUUGGACGAUGAAGAGGAGGAGCCUUCAUCCUUCAAGGCCGACAGUCCUGCCGAGGCCUCCCUUGCAUCCGACCCUCAUGAGCUUCCCACCACCUCCUUUUGCCCCAAUUGUAUUCGCCUGAAGAAGAAGGUUCGGGAACUCCAGGCAGAGCUAGACAUGCUUAAGUCUGGGAAGCUUCCUGAGCCCUCUGUAUUGCCAGCGCAGGUACUGGAGCUCCCAGAGUUCUCAGACCCUGCAGCCUCAGAGAGCAUGGUCUCCGGCCCCGCCAUCAUGGAGGACGAUGACCAGGAGGUCGAUUCGGCGGAUGAAUCGGUCUCCAACGAUAUGAUGACUGCCACCGACGAGCCCUCCAAGAUGUCGUCUGCCGCCGGGCGCCGGAUCCGGCGCUUCAAGCAGGAGUGGCUGAAGAAGUUCUGGUUCCUGCGGUACUCCCCGACCCUCAACGAGAUGUGGUGCCACGUGUGCCGCCAGUACACGGUGCAGUCCUCCCGCACCUCGGCCUUCAUCAUCGGCUCCAAGCAGUUCAAGAUCCACACCAUCAAGCUGCACAGCCAGAGCAACCUGCACAAGAAGUGCCUGCAGCUGUACAAGCUCCGCAUGCACCCCGAGAAGACGGAGGAGAUGUGCCGCAACAUGACCCUGCUCUUCAACACCGCCUACCACCUGGCCCUCGAGGGCAGGCCCUACCUGGACUUCCGGCCCCUGGCCGAGCUCCUGAGGAAGUGCGAGCUCAAGGUGGUGGACCAGUACAUGAACGAGGGCGACUGCCAGAUCCUCAUCCACCACAUCGCCCGGGCGCUGCGGGAAGACCUGGUGGAGCGCAUCCGCCAGUCGCCUUGCCUCAGCAUCAUCCUGGACGGGCAGAGCGAUGACCUGCUGGCCGACACGGUGGCUGUCUAUGUCCAGUACACCAGCAGCGACGGCCCCCCGGCCACAGAGUUCCUGUCCCUGCAGGAACUGGGGUUCUCUAGCACAGAAAGCUACCUCCAGGCGCUGGACCGAGCCUUCUCCGCCUUGGGUAUCCGGCUGCAGGAUGAGAAGCCAACCGUCGGCUUGGGCGUCGACGGGGCCAACAUCACAGCCAGCCUGCGCGCCAGCAUGUUCAUGACGAUCCGCAAGACGCUGCCCUGGCUGCUGUGCCUGCCCUUCAUGGUGCACCGGCCGCACCUGGAAAUCCUGGAUGCCAUCAGCGGGAAGGAGCUCCCCUGCCUGGAGGAGCUGGAGAACAACCUGAAGCAGCUGCUGAGUUUCUACCGGUACUCGCCGCGGCUCAUGUGCGAGCUGCGGUCCACGGCCUCGACCCUCUGCGAGGAGACCGAGUUCCUGGGGGACAUCCGGGCUGUGAGGUGGAUCAUCGGUGAGCAGAACGUCCUCAACGCCCUCAUCAAGGACUAUCUGGAGGUGGUGGCCCACCUCAAGGACGUCAGCAGCCAGACCCAGCGGGCGGACGCCUCGGCCAUUGCGUUGGCCCUGCUGCAGUUCCUCAUGGACUACCAGUCCAUGAAGCUCAUCUACUUCCUCCUGGACGUGAUUGCUGUGCUCUCGCGCCUGGCCUACGUGUUCCAGGGCCAGUACCUCCUGGUGUCUCAGGUGGAUGACAAGAUCGAGGAGGCCAUUCAGGAGAUCAGCCGGCUGGCUGACUGCCCGGGGGAGUACCUGCAGGAGUUCGAGGAGAAUUUCCGCGAGAGCUUCAAUGGCAUCGCCGUGAAGAACCUCAGGGUGGCCGAGGCCAAGUUCCAGUCCAUCCGGGAGAAGAUCUGCCAGAAGACUCAAGUGAUCCUGGCCCAGAGGUUCGACUCCCGCAGCCGGAUCUUUGUGAAGGCCUGCCAGGUGUUCGACCUCGCCACCUGGCCCAGGAACAGCGAGGAGCUCCUGAGCUAUGGCAGGGAGGACAUGGUUCAGAUAUUUGAUCACCUGGAGGCCAUCCCGGCCUUCUCCCGGGACGUCUGUCGGGAAGGGCUGGACCCCCGGGGGAGCCUGUUGAUGGAGUGGCGAGAACUCAAGGCCGAUUACUAUACCAAAAACGGCUUCAAGGACCUGAUCGGCCACAUUUGCAAAUACAAGCAGAGGUUUCCGCUCUUGAACAAGAUCAUCCAGGUCCUCAAGGUCCUCCCCACCUCCACCGCCUGCUGCGAGAAGGGCCGCAAUGCCCUGCAGCGAGUCCGCAAGAACCACCGCUCCCGCCUGACCCUGGAGCAGCUCAGCGACCUGCUGACAAUCGCCGUCAACGGCCCGCCCAUCGCCAACUUUGACGCCAAGCGAGCCCUGGACAGCUGGUUCGAGGAGAAGUCCGGCAACAGUUACUCUCUGUCCGCCGAGGUCCUCAGCAGGAUGUCUGCACUGGAGCAGAAGCCGGUGCUGCAGACAGUAGACCACGGGUCCGAGUUCUACCCGGACAUUUAGGGAAGUGGCGUCACAGAGGUCACUAAGCUGUUGAAUAUUUUUUUAAUCUAUACUCACAAGCUUUGAUAUAUUAUAUAAAUAUAUAUAUAUAUUAUAUUAUAUAUAUUAAAAACCCACACUGAAAAAAAUUUUUUAGAAACCAAGGUGACACAUCCACCAGAAGCUACUGGGAACUGUCAGAAAGGAACCGUGUCAGAAACUGACUCUUGUCUACAACAUUCGGCAGCUGCAACCUCCGUGGCAACUCAUUUUCACUCACAGAAGCAUGUGCCGGGGCCACACGUGUUCCCACCGACCGACCAGCCAACAGCAUAAGCUAAAAUGACGGGUCUCUGUCAUCACCUUUAGGUAACUCACAUUGUCCCUGUUCUUGUCUGGGCGGGCGAGGGGCUUGGGUCGGGGUUUAAGUCCUUGCCUUUCCUGUUCUUGUUUGGUUUUGUGAUGGGGGUUUCUCAGCCUCUUUGUGGACAUACUGGUCCGGCUGAGUCCCAUCUCUGAUUUUGGAUAAGGGCAGGUUGUGUGUCUGGAUCAGGUGUUUUGACUUUCUCUCCCACCUGACUUCAGCUGGAGAGAUUUUUUUUACUCAUUUCUUCACUGUCUUAGAAACAUGUGUUGGUCAAACUGUGACACCCACUACUCCCCACCUCUGUCGCCAAUCCCGUCCCUGGGUUGUUCAUUCCCUCCUUUCAGAUGCCCCUGGAUCCUUAGUACCUAUAAUACUGAAGGCAAAACUGCCUGCCAACCGAGCUUGAAAUCCUGGGGAAGGGAGAGGGGGUGAGCAUGUUGCAUUCCUGUGUUGUUGUUGUUUUUUUAAUAGUGUGGGAUAAAAUAAUCUGAAUCCAUUCAGAUCCAGGGCUGUUGGAGAAAUGAAGAGCCGAGAAAUCCAGACCCCAAAGGGCUGUGAUUUAUUGGCUAAAAAUAAGUAAAAUGAAAAAAAAAUGUAUUCAAUUUACAUAAAUUAUUUAUACUCUAUAAUCAUAUAAUGUGGGGGCGGGGUUUUUGUGGGUUUUUUUUUUUUUUUUUUCCCUUUAACAAUCAAGAAAUACCUGCCAGAGUUGCGUGGCAGGACAUGUCAAUACAAGUUGUGCCCUGGUUGUGCAAAUGAGAGUCUCUAGAGAUUUAGUCCUUUUUCUGCAACAGGCUGAGAACCAGCCCUACCCCCUGGCAGGAAGGUAGCGGGAACCUGGGUGAUGCAUCUAUGCCUGUGAACACUUCUGUUUUGAACAGGGUAGAGAUGUCCUAGAAGAAAGGAAUAAGCAAGGGGUAAGAUAGGACUCUCAAGGCAUUAGCCUACACACACACACACACACACACACACACACACAACCACGAUAUAAGCUUUAGAAGUAGCCACUGGCCCACUCCCUGGGGCAAGUAGUGGUUUAAGCUACAGGAGUCAGAUCAAUGCUCUUUCAUUCAUUUAACUACCGGUAUACCUCGCAAGGGAGUUUUGCUUUUUUAAAUGUGCUUGAGCUGUUAGACACUUCUGUUCAUGUUUUCACACUUGGUUUAUGCAUAUUGGAUAUGCAGAGAUCCUGUGUCAUGGGUGCAGGUCACAUUUGGGGGAGGGAGGAAGAUCCGCAUCGUCUGUGGUCCUUAGAAAGCCACCCCUCUCAGCUGACAGAGGUUGAGCAAGGGAUCAUGUGAUCUGGUCCCAGGGUCCCCAACCUGCGUGGCUCAGACAUGAUCAAACUGUGGCAGCUUCCUUCCUCCUGGUUUAUCUUGCCUCCGAGGCCUCAUGCCGCCGUAGAGAACAUAGUGGAAAUGUCAUCAACACUGAACAUGUCACUCCCCCAUCCUGUCCUGCCAGAGUCCCUUCACCCCCAACAGGUCCCUUCCCCCCACCCCCAUGGUCUUGGUGCUAAGAUAACUUUAGAAUCAUUGCUGCUAGUGGAUAGCUUUUCAUUACAUAAAUAUAUAUUAUAUAUAUAUAUAUAUAUAUUAUAUAUUAUUUUUGAAACUUUUUUUUGUUUGUUUCAACAGUGAUGUAGCAUGUUAAAACAAAAACAAAAACAAAACCUGGUUUUCUCUGACAGUCCCACUGCCAGGCCUCAUAUGCUGCCUUCUUCAACAAAUCAAUGCACCCCUGCCUGUGACAUUCAGCCCCCGACUCCCUUCCCAGUCACACGUACUUCCCCACCUUCCUCUGAACAAGGAGAGAGAAGAAACUAGCCAGGAGAGACCCGAAGCUCUUUCUGAUGCUUUGAAAUUCCCAGCCUCACUCCACUUCCCCAAUUUAAGCUGGUGUCUCCUCCCCCGACUCCACUCUUCCCAUCAGGGUCAGUAACUGUGGUCAGGUGGGACGCUAUUGCAAAGCACAGGGUUCCACCUUUCCCUCCCCGGCUUCCUCUCCACCACACAGAUGGAGAUGUGUUGAAGGCAGAGGUGGAUGGCAAGGUGGGCGGGCCUCGGUGGAGGCAGAAACAGUAGGUUGGGAUCCGUUCUUCUAGCCAACAGAUGCCUUACACCUUCUCUUCCCCCACACACUGCAUUGGUACCCUCUGUGGAUAGCCCCCCUAAACCAGUGGUCGGCAAACUCACUAGUCAACAGAGCCAAAUAUCAACAGGACAACGAUUGAAAUCUCUUUGGAGAGCCAAAUUUUUUAAACGUAAACUAUAUAGGUAGGUACCUUGUUCUUAACUUAAUUAGGGUACUCCUAAGCUGGCCUUGGCUAAAAACUCAAGGGGCCAAAGAGCCGCAUGUGGCUCUCGAGCUGCAGUUUGCCGACUACUGCCCUAAACCACUCAUUUGCAAACCGGAGAGUAUCUGCUUGAGUAUCUAGUCAGGGGCUGCGAAUGUGUCCUCUCAAGAGGCCAUGGGCAAACUCCGUGUUUAUGCCCAGGGAACCACCCUUUGGGCCAGUGCCAGUUUCAGCCUGUACCUUCUGAGACAGCUGGGAGCCCGUGACCUGCCUCUGGGCUAGAAGCAUGAGCUAUGGCUACAGGUGGCCAAUGUCCAGCCAGGGUCUGAAACAGAGAGGAUGAGCUCUCUGGAAAGCCUUGAACUUUGGCAAGGCUCCCAACCUCUGAGUGCGCAUGCCCUUGGCUGAAUUCAGCUAGGCAGUGUCAGACUCUCUGAAGGCCACUUUCCCUUGGGACAGGGAGUAACCAGGGAAUAAUUGGGGUGACACACCACUGCAAUUUACACAGGGGCUUGUCUCAGCCUGGAUGGGUCUCAGGAAGCUCAGUGCUUCUGUCCUGGGCAAGGGGCAUGUGACUACCGGUGACUUCUGUCCAUUUCCUACUCUCUGCUUCCUGAGAGGGACUCUUGGGUUGAUGGGACCCUUGGGGUCUAGUCCAGGGAGGCACAUGCUUGGCUAACCUACCCUUCCUUUGAUGGGUAUAAAACAUGGUUGGCUGGGCAGUUGUGACAUCCCUAAUGUGGUGGAUUCAGACAAGACACAGCCCUUUAACUCAGCCCCUGGCUUAGGAGUGACAACCAUUGGCUUAGAAUAAAAGGUUUGUGUCUCUGGGCUGGAGACUUGUCCUCAUUGAACUUUCUGUGGUUUUUGGAGGGGGUGGGAAGUGAGAUCAGGUUUGGGGGGCGGGGGCAAUCAUGCCUAGCAGAUACAUUGCUGAGCCUGGGAACCAGAGGCCCUUGUGGUUAAAUGAUGUGCUUCUCCUCUCCCCAAAGGAAGAAAAUAGCCCAUUAGCAUCCAUGAGGACCGAGGACAGCCCAGUCCUGCCUAGAACUCUUGCUGUGUCAGAAUCCCCACAUUUUGACUGCCUGGUUGAAUAUGAGUUCAGGCAUGUGAAUCACCAGGGGUUUUUUUUAUGUGUGUUUUUUGUUGUUUUUGUUUGUUUUCUUUUUUGUUGUUGUCAUUGUUUUUGUUUUAUGGACUGCUGGCAACAUCCUAUAGUACUGGGUGGAGCCUGAUUUCCUCAUCCUCGCUUGGGAAGGAGAACAGGCUCCAGCUCCAAGAUCCCUGGACAGCAGGGCUCAGUACUGGACCCUGAAUCCAGGGCAGUUGGGGGUCUUGGCCCCAGCCCCUCCUACAUGCUACCAUGUUGGGUCGUCUUGCCUCACCCUUCUCCUUGGCUUGCUUCUGUUGACCCUGUAAUCUAGAGGAAGGACCUUGUAAUUAUUUGAGGUAAUGUUGAAAUGCUUUUCACAUGGAAAAGCAGUAGAAUAUGCUGAAAAUGAUCAUGGAGAGAGCUAUCAUGGUUGGCUAAUCUAGCCAGGCUUUGCCCGGCCUAGGCUGGGGGGCUAGCAUCACUUUGGCUGUUCCCUGGAGCCUCCUGGGAUCCAGCAAGUGGCCUGUGGGGGGGUGUUGAAAUAGAAAUUCUCUUCUAGAUUCCUCCCCGUUCAUUUUUCCUCCACGCCCUCUAAGAGCAGGAAUUCGGUACCUAGAGCCGGUUUGGGCUUACUGCCUGAAUUGAUUUCUAAGUAGAAUCUGUGCUUUUUCUUGGUCCUAACACCCAGUUCGGGCAGAAGGCUCCAGACCCACUGGGACUCACGCUCCCCACCAUCCUUCUUCUGGGGGCAGGCCCAUCCAGGCCGGCCUGGGACAGCCCAAGCAGGGAAGCCAGGGCUGCUUAACCAAGAAAGGCGUGUGUUCCCAGGCAGGUGAGCUUGGGGCAGUUCCAUUCUGGAUAUGGGCCUCCUGGAGGUGGGCCUGGGUCUGAGGUUCCAGUCUGGUCUUGAGGGAAGAUUAUGUCCAGAGACACGUAGGGCCCCUUUUCUGGCUGGAGGAGGACCCCCCUCUGGUCUCUGUUCUGGGUGCUUUAGCUGAGUGGAUGGAGCUGUGAUAUUUCAUGGAACCUUUGAGGUGACUUUUGUGUGUUAGCCAGAGGGAGUAAAAGUGCCCUUUGGGGAGGAAAAUGGUACGGCUCACCUCUUCCACCUGGCUCUCCCCCACCCCAAUCCCUUCAAGUGGUAUCGCCCUAGAAAUACCUAUGCAAUCCAGUCUCCCUAGGAGAGUGCAUGGAAGCAGGGGUAUGUGCAGUGUAUAAUACAAAUGCUACAGCAUAUAUAUUGUAUAUAUGGACAUAUACAGUACGUAUACACAGAGUAAGAGAUUGAAUCACGUCUAUAUAUCUAUAAAUAAUAUCCUAUAUAUUUAUACAUUUUUAUGUUUUAAAUAGAUAUAAAAAUAGAGUCUAUAGAGAGCUGGGAGAGCAAUGGGAAAGCCUGUGUUGUGCAAAGAGGGAGGAGGCAGAGCCUUUUGCAGGCACUGAGGAGGGAGCUAAGCAGGCAAGGUUUGCCAGGAAUGGGGCCUCCUACCCCAAGUGGUGGAGAGGAGCAUACCGGGUCCCGGCCCUCUCCGUGCACUUUCUCUCCUUUCCCACAGGCUUGGUCUGAGGUUGGAAGGAGAUACUCACUCCCUGAGCUCCAACUGAAGUGCCCCCUCCAUCCCCCCUGCCAGCCUAUGGUGUGGUCGCUGCUGCCUGGCAGUAGGUCGCGAUCACAGACCCAUGGUGUAGGGAUCACUGCACAAUGUUCCCUAAAUACCCUCGCCCUCCCCUCCCCCGCCCCUGCCCCAGGCGCGAGCAGCAUUGGUGGCCAUAGGAAAGGUGCAAAUUGGACCCAGAGCGGUCCAGGAAAGAUGCUGCCGCUCCCUCCCUCCUCCCACGCUUCCACUGCCCCCUAGAGGCCAAACCUCUGGAUUACCUCCCUCACCCACUCCAUCACUGUCGGCCAGGGACUGGAGAAGUGAAGUGGGCAGCAUGAGCAUCACCAGACGGUGCUGCCCACCAUCAGGAGGCUUCCUGGCCAGGGCAGGAGCCAUCAGCUAACUGGGAGGGGUGGUGGGGGGGAAUAUAUCCGCACACUCACGAAUUCAGUAGCAAAUCCAGUUCCGAAGCAGGGCUCUGGCCCAGCCCACUUUGCACAGCUGCUGCUGCUGGCUGUUCUCAGGACAACUCACUCUCUUCCCUCUCCUGCACGGAGGCCCAUCGGCCCCUCACGAGGUUUAGUCCACAUACACUGUUCUGAUUCUGUGACUCGAGGCAGAGGCUGAGCCGGACGCCCCCAUGAGGGAGGGCCGGUGCAGCCCCGUUGGAAUCAGAAGCCCGUUUUGCUUCCAGGUUUCUCUCUGUAGUUUCUUUCCCCUGAAGGCGGGAAGGGGGAGUGGAUGGGGUUGCAGUCGAAGGGAGCCACAGGGCAGCUGCGUCCUCUGUGCUCCAGACCAGCCUCUGCCUCUCGGCUCUCCCAUCCCUGAGCCCCGUCUUGCUCUUCCCCACCAUCCUACCAACGGACCUCAGUUUCCAGCGGACCCACCCCUACACCCACAGUCUGGGGCGGGUCUGUUCUGCCAAUGCCCACCUCCCCUCCCUCCGAGCCCUCCUGAGCCACAGCUAGCUAGCUGCCCACCGGGUCUUGGAACACCCUCAGGGCCUGGCUCAAGAAAGGCCAGGCCUGGCCCAAGCCUUCCUCCACCGCGGUGGAUCAGACCCAUGGCCAGGGGAUGGGCACCCCCGGGUAGCAAUCCCACAAUGCACUGUACCUCAGAGAGAGAGCAGCCAGCGGGCAUCAAGGCACCGAGCCGUCCGCCCAGGGACAGCCGGCUGCAGUACUGCUUACAAAGAGACAAGGGCCAGGCUGCCCUUGGCACCCUCCAUCUCCACUCGCCUCUCCGGAAGAGCCAGCAGUCUGAUUACGUCUUUUUCAGCCCCCGUCUCUCUCCUUCUCCCCACCCCCACGCUGCUGAACCAUUUCAUUUCAGUCAUAAAGGAAACAUAGAGUGGGGGAGGGGGGGUACCUGGGAGUCUAUUAUCACAUACAUAUGACUAUGUUAAUACUUUCUUUCUUAAAAGAGAAAAAAAAAAAAAGAUCUCGAUGUUAUUAUUUUGCAGACUACGCUUUAUAGUACCUGUGUGACGGGACCUAGAACACUGGAUACAAAUAGAGCUAUGUUGUUUUAUCAUAAUAUGUACGCAGAACCUUCCUUUUGUCAUAUUAUCCUUGUAAUGUAAGGAGAUUGUUAAUAAAAGCAUUUGAAUUUACUCACCAA